UGUGGGAGAGUAAAGGAGGGAGGAGGACAAGGCGAGGAGGUGUGCUGCUCAGCUGCUGAAAAUUCACUCCAGACAGCUGCAUUUCCUUUGCUCCAGCACGGCCAGGACACUGCUUUAAAAUCUCCAGCACUCAACGCUUUCUUCCUCCUUUCAUGCAGACGCUCCCCUAAACAGGACAACGCUCUCUACUCCUCCUCAAAACCUCAUCCUUCAUCUCUUCUCACAGUGGAGGCAGAGACACAACUAGAACACAUCACUUCUACGACUUCAGAGACUCUUUAAGAAGUCUGGUAUUUCCAGACAGCUGGCUGUCUGCAUGUGCAGGUCAUAUGUUAGUUUUUGUGACUGCGCUCUGUAAAGUUAGUGGUUGCAGACAUUGUGGGAACGCUGGGGCUGCGAGUUUAAUCCUUUGGAUAUUCCUGUAGAAAGUCUGCUGUGUUUCAUCCCGGUUAGUUCUGUGUUGACUCUGGUGAGAUGAGAGGUGAUGUGCUUCUCGCCUGGGUCAUUCUGACCUUGUGCUGUGCGCUGGUCUGUGCUGGUGAAGAUGCGAAGGGAAAAAAACUCUCCAAAGCCCAAACACAGGUGAGAGAAGUCCGAGGGCCGGUCAAUGACAGGAGACAGGGGGAGGAAGAGGAUGCUACGGUGUCGGACGAGCCGGUUGAAGUGGCGGAGGAAGAGAAGGGAAAACCAAAGAAGAAGAAAACACCUGAGGAGAUAGAGGCUGCCAGGGCAAAGAAAGCUGCAGAGAAGGAGGCCAAAGCAAAGAAGCAGAAAGCACCUAAGCCCACCAAAAAGCCAAAGCCACCAAAACCCACUAAAAAACCCAAAGCACCCAAGCCAACAAAGAAGCCCAAAGCACCCAAACCCACCAAGAAACCAAAGGCAAAAACCACUGGGGAGAAGGGUGUGCAGCCACCCACCAGGCGUCCCACUCUGGAGGAGGAAGAGGAGAAACUGCUAAUUGAACUUGGCUGGGACAGAUUGAUUCAACCUGUGACCCCAAAGGGGCCUGGAAGGGAAGAGCCUCUUGAACCAGGCCUGGAUCACGUCCCCAAAAAGCCGACAGCUCCAACAAAAACUCUCAUUGAGCAUGAUGCUGAUUACUGGGACGCCAGACAUGAGGUGCCUGGAGGCUACCCACAUAACAAAGAGGCCACAACUACUGAGGUCAUUAUGUACAUACCAGAGGAAACCACCACCACUCCAUUCAUAGGUCCCUGGUAUGAGGAAUAUGAUUAUGCUGACUUGGCAGCGAAGAAACUAGAGGAGGAGGCUGAGAGAGCUCGUAAGGAGAAGGCAGAAAAAGCUGAACGGCUGAGGAAGAAGUGGGAGCAGGAGGAAGAGGAAAGGCUGAAGCAGAUGUCAGUGCGCGUUGAACCGAAAAAGUGCCCUCCUUUAGGUUUGGAGUCUCACCGGGUGGAGGACGACCAGCUGCUGGCUUCCUCUCAGUCCCACCAUGGCUUCACGGCUCAAAGGGGACGCCUCAAUAUGCAGGGCUCCACUGAUGAGGAAGAUGUGUAUGGCGGCGCGUGGUGUGCUGAGCCAGAGGAGAAGUACCACUGGUUUGAGGUCGACGCCCGCAGGGAGGUGGAGUUCUCAGGCCUCAUCACCCAGGGAAGAAACUCAGAGCAGCACGAGGAUUUUGUUUCGUCAUAUUAUGUGGCCUUCAGUAAUGACAGCCGCGACUGGACUACACUUCAUGAUGGCUACGCCGAAUGGCUGUUCUAUGGGAACGUGGAUAAGGACACACCAGUGAUGGUCCAGUUUGAUAUGCCGGUAGUGGCACGCUACAUCCGCAUCCUGCCUCAGAGCUGGAACGGCAGCCUGUGUCUCAGAGCGGAGAUCUUGGCCUGUCAACUGCCCAACAGCUACCACAGUGAGAAUGAGGUCACCCCAUCAGACGAGCUGGAUUACAGGCACCACAACUACAAGGAGAUGAGACAGAUGAUGAAGGUGAUAAACGAGGAGUGCCCCAACAUCACCAGGAUCUACAACAUUGGUAAAAGCUCCCAGGGCCUGAAGAUGUACGCAAUGGAAAUCUCUGACAACCCAGGGGAACAUGAGACAGGUGAACCAGAGUUCCGCUACACAGCCGGUCUCCAUGGAAACGAGGCGCUGGGCCGAGAGCUGCUUCUCCUGCUGAUGCAGUUUUUGUGCAAGGAGUACAAUGAUGAAAACCCCAGGGUGCGCCGCCUGGUGGAAGGAGUGAGAAUACACUUGGUGCCCUCCCUCAACCCUGAUGCAUAUGAGCUGGCCUACGAGAUGGGUUCAGAGAUGGGGAACUGGGCCUUGGGCCACUGGACCGAAGAGGGCUAUGACAUCUUCCAAAAUUUCCCAGACCUCAACAGCAUCUUAUGGGGAGCAGAAGACAGAGGCUGGGUCCCUCGCGUCGUACCAAAUCAUCACAUUCCCCUCCCGGAAAACACUCUCAAUGGCUCUCUUGCCGUUGAGACGAAAGCCAUAAUUUCCUGGAUGGAGCGCAACCCGUUUGUCCUGGGAGCUAAUUUACAAGGAGGGGAGAAAUUGGUGGCGUACCCUUUUGACAUGCAGCGACCUCCCAGAUCUGCUGCUGAUGGGUACGGAUUGCGGCGGGGUAGGAGACCUAGUGAGGAGCAUGAGAUGAAUGAGGAGACAUGGGCCCGGAUUCAGCGUCAGAACGAGGGAGCUCUGAGGGAGACGCCCGAUGACACCAUGUUUCGGUGGCUGGCGAUGUCAUAUGCCCAUAGCCACCUCACGAUGACGGAGACCUACCGAGGCUCCUGCCAUACUGACGAUGUCACUGGGGGGCAGGGCAUCAUCAAUAGAGCCAGCUGGAAACCUGUGGUGGGCAGUAUGAAUGACUUCAGCUACCUGCACACCAACUGCUUUGAGCUCUCCAUCUUCUUGGGCUGCGACAAGUUCCCCCACGAAAGCGAACUGCCUUUGGAGUGGGAGAAUAACCGCGAGGCUCUGUUGUCCUUCAUAGAACAAGUACAUCGAGGGAUAAAGGGCCUGGUGAGAGACACGGAGGGAAAUCCGCUCCCCAAUGCCACUGUAUCCGUGGAGGGAAUAAGGCAUGACGUCAAAACUGCUUCAGGUGGUGAUUACUGGCGGCUGCUGAACCCUGGAGAGUUCAGGGUGACAGCCAAGGCCGACGGCUACACGCCCCAGACCAGGCUUUGCUUGGUGGGCUAUGACUCUGGGGCUACUCCAUGCAACUUUAAUUUAGCCAAGUCCAACUGGGAUCGCAUUAAGCAAAUCAUGGCACUCAAUGGCAAGAGGCCUAUACGGCUUGUCAACAGAACAAGCAGCGUCAGCAGCACAGGAGCCAGCGGCGUCGGGGUCACUGCCAUCGCUGGAGGGACGGCAACUAAUCCCCAGAACAUAGCACGUCUCAGGCGCCUACGGCUAAUGCGUUUACGGAGGCUGCGGCUGCAAAGAUUACGAGCCAACCUUACCACAACCGUUGCUACAACAACCACAACCACCACCACAACAGCCACCACAACUAAACCUGUAACUGAGACCACAACCUCCUGGUAUGACUCCUGGUUCCCUGUGGACAGUUGGUCAACUGAGAGCCCAUUUGAUGGGGUCAUCUUUGAAUCAGUGCCCACACAGGACUAUCCCUUUGAAUACAAAAUUGAUGAUUACUAAACUCAGUUACCCUACAUAUAUUAUACAAACACAUUACUAGCAAUUCAGGAACCUGACACAUCACUGCUAUGAUAAAUCACACGAGUCAAAACACUUGUUACGCUGUUAAGUACAUUAUUUUUCAUACAGUUUUCAUCGGUAGGGAACAAAAGAUUGUGGUUGUAAGGGAGUGUGCAUAUGAUAAAUCUUUUUUGGAAUUCUUUUUGUAAUGUCUACACAGAGUGCUGAUGUGGGGGAGAGGCCUCUGCUGAGCAGAGACCGUUCAGGGCAAGAUAAUUGGUUCCACAUCCAAUAAAAUAUGUGUCACAACAUAAAAUGUGAUUGCUGGUCUCAGUUAAACUGGUAUGAUGCAUCACUGAAUGGA